AUGAGGCUAAUCAAGUGCGAGCCAAUAGAAGAGUUGAGCAUAGAGUAAUUGGAAGACCAAUAGAUAGUCGCAUUCAAGCUCCUUUGCUGUACCAAUAAUAGCAGAGAUAAUAGCAAAUUAGAACUAACAACCAGCUUCCACCUUGAUAAUGAGAUGAUUGAUAAUCCUCAAUUCCUGAUAAACCCAAGAAUCACAGCGAAUGCAUCUAAUAAUUCACCCUUCCCUAAUCCAAACCAGAAUAGAAGGAGUAAUUUGAGACCACCUUCUAAUACAUCUUCAAGACUGGGCUCCUAGAGCAAUUAAAUCAGGAACAAUGGCAAUAGAAUAUUAUAAAGUAUAAAUAACAAUAUGACUAGAAUUCAAAAUCUUAGGUCUAUAGAUCACUAACCAAGAGAUCCCUUUGCAAAUAUAAAUAUGAGACCAUAUGAGAAUUUGAUAAGAAAUAAUAAUCUAGAGGAUCAUCUUGACUUGGACCUUCUAGACUUCAAUGCAAAUCGUAGAUUUAUGCUAGACUCAGAUUCUGACGAGGAGGUAAAAGAGUAAAGAUUUGAGUUUAAUCUUCAGCAUGAGAUUGAGGAAUUGUUGAUGCCUGAUGUCAGAUUCAGGGAUAAUUAGAAUACUAAUUUUAGAUCUACGAAUAGAUCAAAUGCCUUAAGAUAAAUGUCUAACCAGAACAGAAUAUAGUAAUAACGAUAGUAAAAUGAGAUAUAAAAUCCAUUAAGAGCAGCAAAUAGAGUCUCUCCAAAUAGAAACUAAAAUCUAGCCAUUCCAAUUAAUGAGAAUAUUAAUGUGGGCUUUAGACUCAACAGAAUGAGAGGUGGUCUCUAAAAUCUGAGAAGAAGACUAGAGGACUUAGACCAAAUUCUAGAUGAUAUUGAGGAGUAUUAAGUUGAGACUGAUCAAUUGGUUCAAAAUAUUGAAUAAAUAGAUAGGCUUUUAGGCAGGUAAAAUCAGGAGUAAAAGAAAGGUAUCUCUGAUGAGGGUCUUAAAAAACAAAAAUGCUUUACCUAUAGCCAAAUAGAUGGUCAAGAUACUUGCUCAAUUUGUAUUAAAAAUGUUUCUAAAGAUGAGAAGGUUUAUGAGUUAGUAUGCAAGCACAUAUUCCAUGAAGAAUGUAUCGAUCCCUGGUUGAAGUAAAGUCACUUAUGUCCUAACUGUAGAAAGGAUCUUAACUGA